GUAAAACAAUGGCUCCUACUUAAGAGUUCAAACCUCUAACCCAUUUCUUAAGACCACAAUAUGUGUACUUAUCUUUGGCAAGCUUAGUGUUAAUACAUGUGCUAACACUACUUACAGAGGUUCGUCCAGGUAUAUCAUUAGUUGUUCAAUCUUUGGCAUGUCUGUACAUAGGAGCUAUGGCAACAUCUAAAAUCAGAUAUAACAAAUGUAUAUAUUAAAAUGUAAAGCAGAAAACAAUAAGUUGGAGAAGGAAGAAAAAUAGUCAGAAGAGAAAAUGACAUAAAAGGAUGCUUUAUAGUUUCCAAUCUAUUUAUCUGCCUACUUAUUUGGACUCUAUCUUUUGUUGAAAUAUUUAGAUGAAGCAAUUCUCAAGACUGCCAUAACUUUAUUCUUCUCAGCAGUAGGAGUAAUGAAAUUCAAUUACAUUAAAGGUCUUAUGUUUAAUGGGAAUCAUAGAAGAUGCCAUAGAAAGAUUAUUCCCAAUUGAGUAUUCUACUAAAAUAGUAGUGGAAAAGAAAUUCAAUUUAAAUUUGAUAUUGACAAGCAAGGAAAUAGAUAUCCAAUUAACUAAGUUGAAUUUCAUAUCAUUAUUCAUUUCAAUGUUCCCCUUGGGUGUGUAUUUAGCAUCAAAGAAUUGGAUUUGCAAUAAUUUAUUCGGUAUCGCCUUCACUGUUUCAGGAGUUGCAAAUUUUACUGUCAUCCCAAAUUUCAAAGUAUAUACAUAGAUGUAAUUAUAUUAAGAUAGCAUAUCUGAUGCUUUGGGGACUCUUUUUUUAUGACAUUUUUUGGGUUUAUGGAACUGAUGUGAUGGUUACAGUUGCAAAAUCUAUUGAUGCUCCUAUUAAAUUACAAUUCCCAUUUACUGCCUUGAAUGAAGAAGGAAAUCCAUUUACAAAAUACAGCAUUCUAGGUUUAGGUGAUAUUGUUGUACCUGGUAUCUUUGUUGGAAUGUGUCUGAAGUAUGAUGUUGAUAGACAAAUUGAAAAAGUAAAAAAGAUUUCAGAAAUCAAUAUCACUUAUUUCUUAUGGUGUUUUGUAGGUUAUGCUAUAGGAAUUGUGGCUACCUUGGCUGUUAUGAAUUUAACAGGUCAUGCUCAACCAGCCUUGUUGUAUUUAGUUCCAGGAUGCACAUUAAGCGUCUUAAUAAAGGCUUAUCUUGAUAAAUCUCUUCUUCAGUUUUGGGCCUAUGAAGCAGACCCAGAGAAGCCAGAGGCUUAAACAUCUAAUACAGAACCUAUUAAAAAUAAAUGAUAUAUUGUUUUUAAUAAAAAUAAUUUAUUU